AAAAUAUACCGAAGAUAUUGGAUAGCCCACGAAAGUGCUUUGUCAACUUUACAUGUGUGGAUAUUUGAUUGGUUUAGAUAAUUUAAUUAAGUAUAAUAGUAAUUAUCAUUACACUAAUUGUGUCGAAGCUUUUUUUAUCGAGUAAAAGGAAUUAUAGUUUUCCUUAAACAGUUUGUACAUGCUGGAUUUAUUACAAAAUAUUGGUUCGGAAAUCGAAAGUAGAUGUUUAGUUUCGAAAACGAAAGUAGACUAUUUUCUCUUAACUAUUACUUAUGAAAUGGCAACUGGUGGACAAACCAGUUCCAGCCAAGAUGCUGCAAUCGAAGAUACCACCGAAUGUGUUGUACGACCUUGCGAGCCCUGUGUCAGAAACGAGUCUUCAAACGACGCUACCGUGUUUUGCAAGGAGUGUAAGGAGCUACUUUGUGAUGAGUGCAAAAAACCUCAUACUAUAUAUAGACCAGGAAAGCAUGAACUUGUUAGUAUUCUGGACAUGAAUACAGCAUCGGUGGUCGCGGAGAUGAGAGGUUCAGACAUAUGCGAAGAGCACGGCAUGAAGAUUGAGUUUUACUGUGAAGACCAUGACAAGCUUUGUUGUAGUACCUGUGUGUUAAUGCAUCGGAAAUUUGAUCAUGUUUAUGAAAUAGCAAGUGUAGCCGAAGAAAAGUAUCAGACAUUGAAGAAGACAUUGAAAAUAAUGGAAUCAGCUACUGACAACAUUAUAGCAGACUGUAAAACUUCUGAGAACAAAUUGAAUGAUUGGAUAGCAAACAUUUCCAAAACAAUAGAUAAAGUUGAUGAAAUGAAACACCGUAUCAACAAACUGAUUGACCAAAAGAACAACACGGCCUAUAUUGAGGCAAGUUCAUUUAAGGCUAAGGAGCUGAUAAGAAUACUAACAACACAAGAAUCCUUUACAAAUAUCAAGAAAGAGAUCAAUCGCUUAUCAUCUAUGUUUAUAUCCGAUCACAAAACACCCGUGCAAAUGUAUUUGUUUGCAAAACAAGUUGAACAAAGUCAGAAAAGGAUCGAAACGUCCAUAAAUGAACAAGUAAAAAGGCAGAUUUUCUCAAGGACGCCAGUGUCCUAUCAGGCGGAGUUAUCAACACUUCUCGAAAACGAGAAAGCUAUCAAAAACGCGAUUAUGAAUCCUCUACCUGUCCAGACAAAUGAACCCGCGCCCUCCUCCUCAGACGACACAUCAGCUCUAUUCCAGGAGCUCACUCUUCAGCAGCUCGUGUCUAUGGAUAUAAAACAGACCGAAGGUGAUGAGAGGGAACCUUUCAUCUCUGGACUGGACUUCAUGCCGGACGGAAGACUGAUUGCCGUAGAUAAUGGUAAUUUAAAAUGUCUCAUACUGAAUGAGCGACUCCAAUUACAAGGAAUACCGUACAAAUUCAAGACUUUUGCUCAUUGCGUCGUAUGUUUAUCAAAGUAUGAGUUUGCAGUUACUGUAGGAAACAAGACCGUGUGCCUCCUGUUCGUCAGUCCGGACAAUGUUAUUAGCCUGAUAACUGAACUAAACACUACAUCACUGUUCGCCUCAAUAUGCUGCAUCACGCGAUCAAACAUGGUCGUGAGUGCAAUCUUUGAUCCACGUCCAGUGAGAAUGAUAACAGUGGACGGUGUUGAGUCUGACUUUGAUUGCGUGGAGUUUCCAAGUAAGACAUACACGUUUGGUGAAAGUGCAAGUACGUAUGUUCAGUGUAAGAACACGUUGGUACUGACUGACUACCACGAUAACACAGUGUACAUGUACGACACCGUGAAGGGCACGUCAAGAGGAGUAACUGAUGAGAACAUACAGGAACCAUGCGGUGCCUGUGUUGGGCCUGGUGGCACUGUGCUAGUGUGCAGUAUGAAGAUGAAUUGUAUCGUACACCUAACUGUCGAUGGUGACGUAAUCGGAACUUACCCAGUGGAUAUGAUGUUCCCAAUCAGCCUGUGUAUGAACAGUAAUGGUUCAAUCCUGGCAGUAUCAAACGGCUGUAGAAGCAAAAGGAAACUGCAGCUUUACAAAUUAUCACCAGCAUUUAAGUUGUAAUGUUCGUUUCCGCCCAUAGUUUGCUAUUUAACAUAUAAUUUCAAAAAUAUAUAACAUGUCCGGUUAAAAAUUAUCCGUGUUUUACAAGUAAUUAACCCCGUUUUAAAGCUUAAUGCAUUAAAGCUUAAUGCUCAUCAUCACCACCACCACCACCAUAAUCAUCAUCAUCAUCAUCAUCAUCAUCAUCAUCAUCAUCAUCAUCAUCAUCAUCAUCAUCAUCAUCAUCAUCAUCAUCAUCAUCAUCAGUAUCAUCAUCAUCAUCAUCAUCACUUUCAGAGGCAGUUUGGUGUACUUAAUAUAUUAUUAAAUUGAUGUCGAACACAAAUUGGUUCAUUUUUUUGUAACUCCUUUUUGUGAAAGUAAAUUUUAUGCGUGUACAUGCUGUCGUUAGCUGGGUGUCGGACAGUUUGUAGCAAGUCAAUUUCUCAAACAAUGGUUCUCUCGUUUAUCCACUGAAUACGAUAUAAGAUUGUAAAGACUGGAGCUGUUACGCAGCUGAUUUCUGAGCCCGCUUCAAUCCCUUACCGUUACAUUCUUUUGUGCAAUUUACGAAGCCAGGAACAAAUGCGGGCCACAAAGAAAAAUAGUGCUCUGAGGACGAUUACAAUUUCUAUGAAGACUGUCUUGUAUCUCGGUCUCAUGUUGGGUGCCAUUCUUACCCGAUUCAGAUUGCGACAUGGCCAUUAAUUACCGGCCCAGCGCUAUUAAAAAUUAAUGUAUACAUUAUUCUUAAAUUUUCAAUAAUACACAUGUGUUGACUAUAUGUUGAUAUAUUUGUCGGUAUAAUUAAUAAUAACACGACUUUUGUGAAAGUAAUAUACAUUUUGUCAUCAGCCGACCUUUUUCAUAGAAUAAUGAAAUUUCGUUUAUGAAGCAUACAAUUAAAUAAAAAUAGUUUCACGAAAUGUACUUAAAAUAAACUUGUUAUACAUUAAUAUUAAAUACAUACACACGUUAUAUUGAAUGGCUCGCGUUCAAAAUCACAAUAGUUAAUGUGCUUUUGUGUCAAAUUUAAAUGGAUUCAAUGAACACAAUCAAGAACUGAUAAUCGAAUUGGUUAGAGUAAUCGGUGAGUUCAGUUGUUGUCAAUAGAAAAAUUGAAAACAUACUAACCUAGCAAAGUGUUUUAAAUUACUACUUUUAAUUCUACUUCAGAAUCUAUGUUAUUUGGUCAGGUAAAUGAGAAUAUUUUAACACUGUAGCCGUUUGUGCUUUCAAAUGUCAUGUUUCGGAUCGGAGAAUGGCUAGUGCCAUGGUUUGCUUUAUUUGUUUUUUAGGUAUUACUGUUUUAACUACGUCCUCAAGGUCAUGAAAUGUUACACAGCAGCACAUAGCUGAAUUGUUGGAUAUAAAGUAAUCCACUUUAUUUCGUGAUCCAACGUUGCUGUCUUUUUAAACCUUGUUUUUUUGUAAUAUUUUUUUGAUUUGGAUAUAAAGCUCUCCGGGAGUUGUUAGUUGUGCGUUAUAUGUUUGUUUUGUUUUGUAAACGCUAUGUGUAUUUGUACUUCUUUAUAUUGCCUACUUCUAUUGUUUGAUUGAAUUUAAGUAUGUUAGAGAAAAUCACUUAUUAAAGACUUCAUUGCUUAAAAAAAUUGUUCAGUCAAUGUUUGUAUUGUCAAUAUUAACUAUUUCGUUUUAUUAUUAGACAGCAUUGCAUUUAUCUAUGUUGUCAAUAGAGAUAAAUAUAAUUUAAUGUAUAAAUACAAGACAAUACAUAAUAGUGUACGCUACUGCUAAAUACAUUGGUAUAUAUAUAAUGAUAAAUUCAAAUUAUGUCAAGCUAAUAUGCAUCACAAUGUAUUGCAAUAUGCUUAAACAUUUGAAGUCAAAUGUCAGAUUUCGGUAGUAUGGUUCAUUUAAAUGUUUUUCCCAAUGACUUUUUCCAUCCUCUACAUUAUCAAUUUGCGAUUUUCCUGACUGGAUUUUUUUAAACGAACGGCUCGGUUGCAGAGUAAUAAACGUGUAGAGUGUUUUACUGAUGUGUUCUUUUAAUAAAGGAAUGGAUAUUUAAAAUCAAUAAAUAACAAAGAACCAAACAGCCGGGCGGUAGUUAUGUAUAGAUGAAAUGUUAUCGUCAUUGUUACAUCCGAUUGCUGUUUCUUGACCGAGUACGAGUACAACAAUGUUAUUAUGCAUAAAACACAUGCGAGUUAUCAUAUUCGAAAACAAUGAAACCACAACCCUGUAUAACGUCUUUGCUUCUCGUAUGUCGUAUAUUUUUUGUAAAAGCCCUGUACAGAUAAUAUAACAAUUACG